UCUCUCUCUCUCUCUCUCUGAAAUAGAGAGACCAAAGAUCUCAUUCGUCCUUGUUCUUUCUCCAACAUCCAUUUCUCACCCAGUUCAUGCAAACCAUCUUCCCAUCUUCUUAGCAAUGGAGACUGGUCAUGGAGGCGAGGAGAGGAUUGGGUUCUUCACAAGAGUAUGGCAGCAGCGAGUCAAGGCACCAUUAUCACAGUUCAAGUCAAACGUGGCCCAGCUGCCGAAGAAGGUGAAGAAGAUCGCACAAGAUGACCCAAGAAGGGUUAUCCAUUCCCUCAAGGUGGGGCUGGCACUCACCUUGGUGUCCCUUUUCUACUAUUUUAGGCCUUUGUACAAUGGCUUCGGAGUUUCUACCAUGUGGGCCGUGCUAACAGUCGUUGUCGUCUUCGAAUACACCGUAGGUGCAACAUUGGGAAAAGGCUUGAAUAGAACAUUUGCAACAUCAUUAGCUGGUGCUCUUGCUGUUGGAGCUCAUCACCUGGCAAGUCUUACCGGAGAGAAAGGAGAGCCUAUACUUCUAGGUGCUUCUGUCUUCUUACUAGCUGCGGCAGCGACUUUUGCACGAUUCUUCCCUGGGAUUAAGGCGAGAUACGACUAUGGGGUGGUCAUAUUUAUACUGACGUUUAGCCUCGUGGCGGUGUCUGGGUAUAGAGUUGACGAAAUCAUCGAACUAGCUCACCAGAGGCUAUCGACAAUCAUCAUUGGUGGCUUCACAUGUGUGCUUAUAGCAAUUUUCGUUUGCCCCGUUUGGGCUGGUGAAGACCUUCAAAAUCUUAUAGCACAGAACAUAGAAAAGCUUUCAUGCUUCCUGGAAGGGUUUGGAAGUGAGUACUUCAAAGAGGAAGAGGGAGAAACUGGUGAUGUUAGUAAGGAGGACAAGACAUGUCUUCAAAGCUAUAAAAGUGUGCUUAAUACAAAGGCUUCUGAAGAAGCUCUGGCCAAUUUUGCUAGAUGGGAGCCCAGCCAUGGCCGUUUCUUGUUCCAUCAUCCAUGGAAUCUGUAUCUGAAGAUUGGAUCAUUAGCACGCCAAUGUGCCUACUCUAUUGAAUCUCUCAAUGCAUUCGUUGGCUCAGGAACAAAGGCGCCAAAGGAAUUCCAGCAAAAGAUUAAGGCAGCCUGCACCAAGAUGAGCUCGGAAACUGGCAAGGCGCUAUUAGAAUUAUCUUCAUCCAUGCGGACGAUGACACAACCAACCUCUGCCACUGAGCAUGUUGCUAAAGCGAAAACUGCCGCCGCCAACCUCAAAAAUUCCCUUAAAACAGACUUGUUGGAGAUCGACCUAUUAGAAAUCGUUCCGGCAGUCAACGUCGCAUCUUUGCUUAUGGAGAUUGUCGCCCAGACAGAGGAAAUCAAGGAGGCCAUCGACGAGCUUGCGCGCGUCGCGAAAUUCAAAAACCCCACAUUUGUGACUGAUAGAACACCGUCACUCAGCCGAGCUGCCAUAAAACCACUCUCUGAUAACAUGGAUGGCCCGCAUGUUGUUAUUGACAUAAGUGGAUCCACCACGUCGGAUUCACCAGAAAAUGCUAAAGUUUCUCAUGAAAUAACAAGGAUUAGGAAUGUGGACGCGUAAAUAUUUGGGACCAUUGUAUAUGUAACAGUCCGAUACUAACACCCAGCUUUGCAGUUAUAAAAAGCGUAGUUGAAGACAUAUUCAAAUAUUUGUUGGCAAAUUUUCGCUAAUUCACCAUCUCUAGAGAAAUUAAAUUAGUCAAUAAAAUAGGCUUUUAAGCCAACUUCGAGAGUGUUUU